UAUUAAUCAAUGUCACAUGAUCAUCUGUGAGCGAUUAUUUGGGUCUAUUAAAAUGGCGGCAACCGCGACGACGAAUCCUUCCCAGCUCUUACCACUCGAGCUGGUAGAUAAAUGCAUCGGCUCACGAAUUCACAUUGUCAUGAAGAAUGAUAAAGAGAUUGUUGGAACUCUGCUCGGGUUUGAUGAUUUUGUCAACAUGGUCCUUGAGGAUGUGACAGAGUUUGAAAUCACUCCAGAGGGGAGACGGAUCACAAAACUGGAUCAGAUUCUACUCAAUGGCAAUAACAUCACAAUGUUGAUCCCAGGAGGAGAAGGACCAGAAGUCUGAGAAAUGUGAAACACCUUCCAGUCAAAAGACAUCAUUUCCGUUCUUGUAUUUCAUGGCAGAUUCCUGUGCUUUAAAGAUUGUUUUUAUUUUAUAAGGAUGUUGGUUUUUGUUUUUAUAAUCUGUUUAUUCUUUAAAUCUAAAAGGUUUUUGUAAACAUUUGUUCUGUGUUACAUUAAAAAAAAUCAGUGGC